CACUUGCCGACAUAUUGAGGACAUAGACCAGAUCAGAGCUGAUCCCAGGAGUGGUGGUCCUCCACUGGACGGUGUACCUUGCAAGUGGCCCUCCGACGCGGAGUGUUGUACCCCUACAGUAGAAACACAGAAGUAAAGUUAAUUGCCAAAGACCGUCGAUGUCCUGGCUCAUGAGUCAUGACCAAUGCUGUGGCAGAGACCUAUAUAUUAGCGUUACAGCCAAACAAGAAAUAUCAGCUUCGUGUUUACAGCAAAUGGUUAUGAGCCUUAGAGUUUCGGAGCUGCAAGUACUUCUGGGAUACGCGGGGAGGAACAAGCACGGACGCAAACACGAACUGCUCACGAAAGCUCUGCAUUUGUUAAAGGCUGGCUGCAGCCCUGCUGUGCAAAUGAAAAUCAAAGAACUCUACAGGCGGAGGUUCCCUCAGAAAAUCAUGACGCCUGCAGACUUGUCUCUCCCCAGCGUACACUCAAGCUCCAUGCCAGCGACUUUGUCACCCUCUACCAUUCCACAGCUCACUUACGAUGGCCACCCUGCAGCAUCACCCUUGCUUCCUGUUUCUCUCCUGGGACCUAAGCAUGAACUGGAACUGCCCCACCUUACUUCCGCACUCCACCCUGUCCAUCCAGACAUCAAACUUCAGAAAUUACCUUUUUACGACUUACUGGAUGAACUGAUAAAACCUACCAGUCUAGCAUCAGAUAAUAGCCAGCGCUUUCGAGAAACCUGUUUUGCUUUUGCAUUGACACCGCAACAGGUGCAGCAAAUCAGCAGUUCAAUGGACAUUUCUGGGACCAAAUGUGACUUCACAGUACAGGUCCAGUUAAGGUUUUGUUUAUCAGAAACCAGUUGUCCACAAGAGGAUCACUUCCCACCCAAUCUGUGUGUGAAAGUAAAUGGGAAACCAUGUAGCCUCCCUGGCUAUCUUCCACCAACCAAAAACGGUGUUGAACCAAAGCGACCUAGCCGACCAAUCAACAUUACCUCACUUGUCAGAUUGUCUACGACGGUACCAAAUACAAUCAUUGUUUCGUGGACUGCAGAAAUUGGAAGAAAUUACUCCAUGGCAGUCUAUCUCGUAAAACAGCUGUCCUCUUCCGUUUUGCUACAGAGGUUAAAAGCGAAAGGAAUAAGGAAUCCUGAUCAUUCUAGAGCUCUUAUUAAAGAGAAGCUGACUGCAGACCCAGACAGUGAAAUAGCAACAACAAGCUUACGAGUUUCUCUUCUUUGUCCGCUUGGCAAAAUGCGGCUAACUAGCCCAUGUAGGGCCCUGACUUGUUCACACCUACAGUGUUUUGAUGCCACUCUCUACAUUCAAAUGAAUGAGAAGAAACCUACUUGGGUUUGCCCUGUUUGUGACAAGAAGGCUCCCUAUGAGCACCUCAUCAUUGAUGGGUUGUUUAUGGAAAUCUUGAAGUACUGCACAGACUGUGACGAGAUUCAGUUUAAAGAGGAUGGGUCAUGGGCUCCUAUGAGAUCAAAAAAGGAGGUGCAAGAAGUUACUGCAUCUUAUAAUGGAGUUGAUGGAUGUAUAAGUUCUUCCUUGGAUCAUCAGGUAUCUUCUCACCAGCAGUCGAAUAAGAAUAAGAAAGUUGAAGUGAUCGAUCUAACCAUCGAUAGCUCCUCAGAUGAAGAGGAGGAGGAACCGCCUGCUAAGAGGAGUUGUCCUUCCAUCUCUCCUGCCUCACCCCUAAAUAAUAAGAGCAUUUUGAAUUUACCCCACCAAGCAUCUCCCGUUUCAAGAACCCCGAGCCUUCCUGCUGUGGAUACAAGCUACAUUAAUACAUCACUUCUACAAGACUACAGGCAUCCAUUCCACAUGACACCUAUGCCUUAUGACUUGCAAGGAUUAGAUUUCUUCCCCUUCUUAUCAGGAGACAAUCAGCAUUACAACACCUCCCUUCUUGCUGCUGCAGCUGCAGCAGUUUCUGCAUCGGAUGAUCAAGAACUUUUACACUCUCGUUUUUUCCCAUAUACUUCAUCUCAGAUGUUCCUUGAUCAAUUAAAUGCAGGAGGAAGCAGUACACUCCCAGCCACGAAUGGCAGCAAUAGUGGCAGUAACAGCAGUCUUGUUUCCUCCAACAGCCUGCGAGAGAAUCAUGGCCACCCGGUUGCAAAUAGAGGCGGCGCAGACACAGCAUCAAUCUUUGGCAUCAUACCGGACAUUAUUUCAUUGGACUGACUUUUGGACUAAAUGGACCUGUCAGAAAGAGGAGAUCUGUGUGCUUGGUUUUACCUUAUUCUGUUUAGAAACAUAGACAAGACUUUUUUUUUUCCUUUUUUAGGAAAAAAAAAAUUGACAUGUACAGAGAACAAAACUAUAUUUUCAGUUUUACUUUUGUAUAUAAACCUAAGCUGGCCUGACUGGUAAAACGAUGACAAAAAAAUACAAAAAAAAUACAAAAAAUACAAAAAAAAAAAAUCCUUUCAGUUCACUUUUCUGGAUUUUACACCUGCACAUUUAUCCUGUGAGUUACUCCUUUAGUUUGGACACACGUGGCAUUAUUUUCUCCACAGUUAAGCAAGCAGUAAAAGAAUUGAGUAUCUGACAUUUUAAUUUAUAGGAAGUUUUAAAAAAAAAAAUGCCAUUUACAUGAGGUGGUGGAUUCAAAUAUCCCUCAGAUUUUAUUAGGUUUUAUCAGCGUACGCCCUGCCUAGACUGUUCCACAACAUUCCCUGCAUGGGCAGGACAUCACUCCUGGGAGUGUGGUGGGGUUUUUUUUUAAAAAAAAUGUCAUUUCUGGCUCUACAAGCCUUUGUAGCCAGUUGGUCUGUGGAGAUCCAUGUGCCUCCUAACACGCUGGAUUCUCAUCUAGUGGGCCAGUUACUAAGCUUGAUAAAAACUGGGGCUGAAUCAUUACUUUGAGCCUUGCAUGGUCUUCCAUAAGACAGUGUUUUAUAGAAUUGAACCUCUAAUAAAAGCUUUGAUACCUACUCUGCAAAUUUUUAUUUCUGUUAAGUAUGUAAGGCUUCAGGCCACUCAGUACUUAAGCGUGUGUCAGAUUUUAAAUUGUGAAAUUUCUCAUGCGUUUCAAAAUUUGCCAUGCACUGAAGUAGCCUGCUAAAUUGGGGCUUACACUUGUUCCGUAGGGAAUACCUGCUUUUUUGGCCGCAGCAGAUCAAAUUUCUGCUAAAAAUAAACCUGCCAAGCAGAAGGAAGGAAAUAUGAUUUAAAUGCACUAUUGCAUGGUUUGUGCAGCAGCUGACAGUGGUCAUGGUACAUCAUCUUCUUCUGGCUUUACAUGUAUAAAGGUUAACUUAAUGUUGAUUGUUAAACAUAUGAACCCUUUUCCAUGCAAAUCUUAGCCCACUGAACUGUACUGGAAUGUCUGUGUGCAGAAAUCUGCUAGGGUAAGUGGUUACAAUUAUUUUUCUUUUUUUCUUUUUAGCCUCCUGGUUAUUUUGAGUGAUUCCUGGGUUUUCAUUUUUUUGUUUGUUCAUUUUGUUUUGGAGGGUGCCCCCCCACCCCAUGCUUAUAUUGAACCGUGAGCCAUACUUGUUCCCUGAUUUUUCCACCCCCUCCCACCACCACUUUUUUUUUUUUUAAAAGAUGUGCAUGACAUAGGAAACUCUUUUUUAGAACUUCUGGAUCAUUUGAACUGAUCCAUUCUUGUUAAACAGUGAAGCGUGUAAAUAGAGGGAAAGCAGUUUUUCAGGAGAUUCUUUAAAAAGAGAGGGUGGGGAGGGAGGGAGGUUAUUCUAUUGUGCCCAAAGUCUUCAUUAGAGAGCAUUACUAUGUUCUCUGGUGUGAAAAAAAAUAUUUUUUUAGCUAGUUGAAAGUGCAGGUAACAAGCUUAUCAGGAAAGAUAGGAAGGAAUACUAAAAUUAGCAGAUUCCUAUCUGAAUUUUUAUGUCCAGAACUGUUGAUGUCAGCUGGUUGCUUUGAACUUUAACAAAGGCCACCUUUUGCAUAUGAAGUUGUCUCUUUAAAACCUUGCAUUGAUAAAAAAAAAAAAAAAAAAAGAAGAAAAAAAAAAGAAGGAAGAAAAUUACCUUACUCCAAGUAGAAUUAGGUAUUACUGUCUGAUCAGUUGUAUGGUAAAUUGGAAAGCUCACAUGAAUAUGUGGCAUCAAAAUUGUUUUUUAGUGUCUUCACAGCAUCCCUCUGCCACUAAAUAGUUUAACUUGAAUUUUGAAAACAAAAUGUUUUGUGUUUAUAUGUAUAUGUGUGUGUAUAUAUGUAUUUAUAGAUGUGUGUGUGAGUUCAAAGUGAGUUAAAUAGUUUUUCCCAUGCAUGUGUAUUUCAUACAUAUCUGGCUGAUUGAUUGAUAUAUUUAUCUAUCUAUCUACAGAUAUAUAGAUAUAUCUAUCCCUAUGCACCAGGUUUAUAAUUUAUUAAAUGUCAGUAAAAAAAAAAAAAAAAAAGGAAAUAAAAGAAUAGAAACCAGGAAAUACUUCAUUUCUAAAUCGGUCUGAUUUUUGAGGCGAUGAAGCCCACAUUAGAAAUACCAGUUGUUAAUAAAAUGUAGUCAUACAGCUAUUGGGUAAUAAACCAGUCAUUUCAAAGUAUGUGCUUCUGUAUAAUAUCUUGUGUAAAUCUGGAGGAACGUAGAUUCCUCCAGGUUCACACCAGGAGAAGUGGGAUCAGACGUGGUCUCAAUUUCUGAAACUGGUAAUAGGAUAAAAAUAAUGACACUCAGGGGAGCUGAUGGCCACUUUACAUCUGAAUUGUAGCAACAUUUCUACCAAUUGUGUUGCAUUAAAGGUGAGCUGAAAAGCUGCUUUUUUGACCAAAAAAAAAUUAAAUUCUUGGUAAUAUUUGAUUAUGUUGCACAGAAAGAAUCUGAAGUCAUCUGAUGGCACCCUUCCCCUUUCAUUCCUCCAUCAUCUAAAUAAGAGCAAGAGGGCUUCUCAGCUCAGCUUUUUCAUUUUUUUUUAAUCUGGUUCCACAUAGAAGGGACAGCAAAAUCUCUUUAAUCCUCCCGUGUGGUAUUUGUUCUGUACAUGCUUUGUGGGUAUUUCUAUCCCAUGCCAGUACGUUUCGUAAGAUUGAUCAUUUUCUGGAACUUCGCAUUUGAUCGCGGCUAACACGACUUUGUAGAAAUACUCAGCCUGAGUUCUCUGGCAGUUCAUUAUAAAUAACUAUAACCCUCACUUCAUUUGCAUAUUGAUUAAAGGUGCAGUAAAGUAACUCAUUUGUUUUGGCUGGUUUGCAGUAUUGCCAAAUUGACUGUAGAUGACAAGAUGGUAGAGUCUGUAUACUUGUCAGAGUAGUGGUCAUUUUUGUUGGUUUUUUUGGUCCUUCAGUUCUUCCAGUAGAAGGGUAGGUGUGUGGGUGUGCACAUGCUCAUGCGUGUGUCUGUUUGUGUUCUGUUAAUAUUGUGUGGGUACAUAUAGAUACACACAGAUAUGAGGAAAUCAGUGGCAUUUGAGUAGCAGAGAUGAAGUGACUUUGAAUCACUUUUAUGGGCAUUAUUGAAUACAUCCUCUAGGGGGAAAAAAUACACCAUACACGACUAUACCUGAGCAUUAAAAGAUGUCAUAAGUACUUCCAUGACUAUAUAGGCAUUAUUGCAAUUCUAGGCCUGCUCCUUACCCUACAUGGCAAGGAUUCAAUAAGUCCUCUCAAGGAUGGGAUGGCUUGUGGAUUUGCAUUGAACUGUGUCUUGGAGUUGCCUCCUAACUGAAAGCUAAGGACUGUCAGGAGACCGUUGUAAAAGUUAAUCCUUCACUGCGUUAAACAUUUCAGGGUUUUAAAGCACAUUUUAAAAUGUAUUCAGAAAGGAUUUCAUUUUAUCAAUGUAAGUGUUUGGUUUUCUUUUUUUUUAACAGAACUUAGGUUUCUAACAAGGGAGAAUUUCUGGUGGUCCCCAAAAGUGCUGCUGUGAAUUGUUAUAAUUAUCAAAGGGAGAAUGUAUAUAAGCAGAAUAUUAAAAAGUUACCAUUAAUUCCAUGAAUUUAAAUCUGUGAUUCAUUGCCUUAAAACUUUCUCUUAGUUUCCAUAUGGCAUGCCAAACCAGUAAAUGGCUUUUAAAAAUGUAUAGUAGACCAAUGUCAGUUUGUAUAAAAGUACCAAGUGAAAAUAUUUAUUACAUGCAUUGGAAAAAAUUGUUUACCUAUUGAAUGUUACCUGUUUAUGUAGAAAUCUUUAGAUGUAAUAAAAAAAGGCAUUCAGUUA